UGCAGUCUUUCCCAAAUCCCACAAAUUUUUCUCAAAAUAGCCAAGAUUGAACAGUGAACCUCUCUAGAAUUUGUUUCCAUAGCCUCAUUCUUGCUAUUUUUUUGCAAAAAUGGCCAAGUUCAGUGAGAAUCCAAAAUCUUGGAUGGAAGUUGCUGUUCCUGCGGUUCUAAUUUCACCCUAUAGGAUUUCAGUUUCUCCUCAGCUAGAGACAAUAUUUGAAGAAGAGGAUUUUGAGGAUUCUGAUUUGUAUGAGCUUUCUUCUACGACACAGAAUUGUGUUUUGUUUCCCAAAGUUUUGAGUUUUCUGAAAUUGAAAUAAUUAGGAAUAGUAAUAUCUAAUGUAACUUUUUGUUCAUCCCUUUUCUUUUUUCACUUAAAGGGUGAUGAAGGUUCUCUAUAUAUCUGUUUCUUUUUUUCUCUAAUCAAGUUUAAGGGUGUGGUUAUAUGUUAAAAAUGGGCUGUUGUGUAUGAUACUUUGGGGUUGGAUUUAAGCAGAAAAUCUGAAAUUUAAGCUUGAUUACACACGAA